AUGGCAAAUAACUUAGAGAAGAGUAAAGGUACAGUUGUUGAGGAGGAUAUUAUGGUACAGUCGAAUAAUGAUAGUGAACCGUCACGUGGCCAAGUCAAUUUCGAAGCAAAUUUUGGCUGUUUAUCCCUUGAAAUGUUAAGGUUUUUGUGCCAAGGGAUGGGUGUUUCAGACGUAGGUUUGAAGCAGGAUUUAGUAAGUAGAUUGGUUAGUAAGUGCAAAGGUAAGGAGGAGUCGUGUAGCGGUUUGUUUGGUAAAGGCAAGGUUGUGAAUUUGGAUAAUAUGAAUUCAGAUGAGGCUGGUUCCCGUUUGCAUGAGAGUGGUCUUUUCCCAGGAGCUGGGUCUAGUACUGAAAAACAUGAGACGAAUAGUUUGGAAGCAGUUUCGCAUGACAAGAAUCAAAAAUUUGAGGGACAAGUGGGCAAUAUGCAGGGGUUUAUUCCCAGUAUACAUCAGGGUCAUCCUGUGGCACCUGUAUUCAUUCAAGCUCAUCCGUCGUUUUUACUGACCUGGCAACAGGUGUCCAACCAACAAGGGUUGGUAACAACAGCUCCAGCUGUAGAAGUCAGUGCAUUCAGAGCAGGGGGUCUUUUCACAGGAUGCGUUUCUGAAGCAGUCUAG